UCUAGGUAUCUACUGGUCUCUGAUCGCUGACCAUAAACGAACCAUGGCGGAUUAUAUCGGUGGUGACGUUGAGGCCGACCACCUCUGCGUCUUGGUACAUGGUCUAUGGGGUAAUCCGAACCAUAUGGCCUCUGUAGCGAAGGCUUUGCGAUCUCAGUAUCCACGCGACAAGUUGAACAUCCUCGUAGCGAAGCGAAACGCCGGAUCGUUUACUUACGAUGGCAUCGAGCUCGGCGGCGAACGAGUAUGUAACGAGAUCGAAGAGGAACUCCAAGCUGUCGAAAGCGAAGGUGGAAAGAUCAAGAAGAUCAGCAUCGCUGGCUACUCCCUCGGCGGCCUGGUGGCCCGUUAUGCGAUCGGCCUUCUUUAUGCGCGAGGUGUGCUGGACAACCUCGAGUGCAUGACAUUCACGGCAUUUGCUAGCCCAUUUCUGGGGGUGCGCACUCCUCUUCGCGGUUGGCCAAACCACGUAUGGAACGUACUAGGUGCGCGUACCCUGUGCAUGUCAGGCAGACAACUUUUCGGUAUUGAUCAGUUUCGUGACACGGGAAAGCCCCUUCUCGCGGUUCUGGCGGAUCCGAAAUCUAUUUUCAUGUGCGGUCUUGCCAAGUUCAAGCGUCGAAUCCUCUAUACAAAUAUCGUGAACGACAGGUCUGCCGUCUACUACACCACCGGCAUAGCGAAAACGGACCCUUACACCGAUUUGGACAAAGUGAAAGUCAACUACGUCAAGGGGUACGAGCCUGUUAUUCUAGAUCCGACAAACCCCGUAUCCCCCGCGCCACCCAAGCCGAAGGAACCGCUUGUUGCCAACCUGAAGAAAUGGAUAAACAGGGUGCCCUUUAUCUUGGCCGUAGCGGUUUUUGUCCCGUUGGGAUUGGUCGCUUUCUUUAUCAAUUCGGCGGUCCAAACGGUACGAAGCUCCAAGAGAGUGAUGUUACACGAAAAGGGCCUGGCGGGAAUCGACGUUGAGAGUUACCGGGUGGACCUAUGGAUCAAGGAGAUGCGCGAAGCUGUUGAACAUGCGUAUGAAGACUUAAACAGCUCUCAAAACCAGGAGUAUCUUGGACUGUCGGAUGGCGAUUCCGGCGAAGAGACGGACGAUUCCUCCAACCAGGAGAUUUUGGCGCUCGAGCGCAAACAGUCACACCCACAUCAGCCCACGCUUGCUCUGGCGCCAUAUCAGUUUGCUGCCAUCAACGCCUUGGAUGCACUGGGCUGGCGUAAGUAUCCUGUUUGGAUUCACAAUGAUCGACACAGUCAUGCUGCCAUCAUUGUGCGGAUGGAAAAGCCUACGUUUGAAGAGGGCAAGGUAGUGCUCAGCCACUGGGUGAACGAGGAGUUCCUGAUUUGAAGCGAGCGUUGUUUGAGUCCCUUUUUGACUCUUUAGUUAGACUUUUGGAAAAGGUCAUCUUCGGCCUGGAUGGCGCGGCGUUCUGAGGCAGCGAUUCUUCAUCAUUCACGAAACAUUUAUUUUUAAAAGUAUGUACAUCAUGCUUUUUCUUUUUCUUUUUCUUUUUUUUAGACUGGCCUUUAGACAAGGAGAAGGAAGAUGUGCGAGUGGCUUGUUCUUAGACUGGCGACAGGAUAUCUCACACAUUCGUAGCGAUCCCAGAAUCAAAGUUACUUUCAAGU